UCAGAUUACUUUGGCAUACAUGUGGAUAAAAUGCUUCAUUCUCAUCAGUGUUUUACAAUGAAGACCUUGGACAAAUAAACCAAUGAAGAGAGUCUUUUACCAGAUGGUGUGGUAAAAAAAAAUAUGUUGACAAGAAGUUUUCAUUAUCAAUUAAGUAAAUGACGUUCGCGACCAUGUAGAAUUUUCAAGUAAAUUGCCAAUAAGGGUUAUCUGUCAAGUGAAAAUUAGUUUCAACAUCAUUUAAGUAACUUGUAGACAUCAUGUAUCAAGCUUUUGGUUUAAGUAUCUUACUGAGCUUGUUUCUGUCUGUAAGUGGUGUUGGGCUCCUAAUACUUUACCGACCGUAUGACGUAUCUAACAAUUGCGCUUAUUCUAGCGCUCUUAGGUACGACUUGUCUUUUGGUAUGGGGUUAUCAGACACGAUUACCUUGGUGUUUCAUACAUUACACUCAAUCGACUACGAUUGCCAGGUGGAAAUUGUGGCGGAGUCUUCUGACGUAUACUUAAUAAUAUCCAUUCUUUAUCCACAAAAUAUGGACUACAGCUGCUACCGAAACCCAAGUGCACUAACAGUGUAUAAGACAAAGGAUAAAUGUUACAAAAUAUGCGAUACCAUCGAUGGCAACAACAAAAAGUCGCCUUAUUUUGUUACCAGUGUUCGGGAAAGAUUUCAAUUUCACUUCUGGAGUAACAGCAGUAUUAAUAUAGAUAUGAACGCUCACAUGUACCAGGUGACAGCAACCGCAGCCCGUAUGCUCUCACGCCGCGAGAAAAGUUGCUACAGGAAAAACGAAUCAUUAUGUGUAUACAAUGAGAACAGAUACUGUUUUACUAGCGGCGUAGUAUGUGAUGGAAUCAAAAACUGCGGAGUUGCUGACUGGUUCGACGAGCGCAAGGCCGAGUGCGGUCUGCCGGUGGAAAAGCUCGGCUUUGCCCCGGUAUUCGCUGUGUCCGCAGCCCUCCUCUGCGCAGCGCUGGCAGCCUGGCACGUUCUCACCAAAUUCCUGCCACCCAGUGCCAACUCAUUCUUUGUAUUUAACGCUAAUGAAGACAACAGGCUCCGCGUAGAUCCAGUAUUCACAUCCCCGGCUGCGUGCUCUCGCGACAUUCAUAGAGUCCAGCGGACAUCACUAGUUCCGGUGUCUUCAGAAUCAUCUUCGUGUGACUACUCUGAUGUGCUAACUAGACACAAGUUGCAGCAAAUCAACCAGGCGAUCUUCGCGGAUGGAGAAGAAGAAAAAGCAUUACACAGGACUAAUACCAUGUAUUCUAUGACCGCUAAGUUACAAGAGAAACUCCGGGCAGUAACUCGGAGCAAGUCCACGAACAAGCCAGCGCCGGCAGGCCCGACAGCAAGCACCACUGCCAAAACGAACCAAGUCUACGAUGUUUAAUAAUAAGAAUCUUAGAUAAUAUAGGUAUAUUAAUAACAUGAUUAUAUUUUAUUCAUUUAAUUUUUUUAAAUAAAAUAACUUGUUUAAGUACCAAGAUUUAGGUAUGAA